CUCGCUCAUUCUCAUCUAGACUCGAAAUGGGGCGGUUGUGUCCUAUUUGCGGCAAGUCAGUGCAGCACGUAUGGUCUCAUUUAAGUCGUGUUCACAAAAUCAUUGGUCAGCAGCRAACUCUACUACUGCAUGGAAAAAAUAGUCAGGAAAAUGUAAGCCAAGAGUUACCAGUCACCAUCCCACUUAUGUGGAAUGCCGAAACAGAUCAUUGUGCUAGAUUUCAACUGCUGCAUCCAUUCACUGCUCUGGUAGCUGGAAUGACUGGAUCUGGAAAAACAGUUUGGGUUCAGAGUCUGCUUGAACAUGCAACAAAAGUCAACAGUCCACAACCCCAGCGUAUUGUAUGGAGUUACGUAUGUAGUGUCGGGAUCCCUGUGUGUAUAACGAAGUAUUAUGGUCUAGAUAGAGACACGUGGCGUGACCGAGUUGUGAGAGAAAAGUCAGAUAAGCUAUGAACAAGAAGCUUUAUUAAAAGCCUAGUUUGUUAUACCGUGUUGGGUAUUUAGAACUUUACAACGCACAAUGGCAACCAGCUUACGAUCACAUGUUAGCAACGAUUCCCGGGAUCGAGUUCGUCAAAGGCAUACCCCACGAUAUUGACGAAGAUGGUUAUUUCGACCCCAAAAUCAAUAAUGUUAUUGUGGUUGACGAUCAAAUGACAGAGACGUCUAACGACAAACGAAUUAUGAAUUUAUUUACUAAAAGGUGUCAUCAUCGCAACCUCAGUGUCAUUUUUCUCAUGCAGAAUCUCUACUUUCAAGGAAAAAUCAUGCGCACUCUGAGUUUGAAUGCGGCAUACCUUGUUCUUUUUAAAAACCCAAGAGACAAACUACAAAUGAUGACAUUGGGAAAACAAAUGUACCCAGGAAAAACAGAACAGUUUGUGCAAAAGUAAGAAGCCGCUGUACAACGACCUUAUGGAUAUCUUUUCGUGGAUCUCAAACCCAAAACACCAGACGAAUGCAGGCUUCGGAAAAAUGUUCUUCCCAAUGAUCUGCCUGCUUUGCAGACGAAGCUGUCAAAAACAGCAAUAUCACAACUUGGUGGUGGACAGUCAGAUGUCACACAAUCUAUUGAUAACUAUUUCGAACGUCAAAGCUAUCUACAAUCGCCUAUUUUAAAAACAAUGCAGAAUAUAGAGGAGCAAAUGAAUAGCAUUCUCAGGGAUUCCAAUGCCCCUGCGUAACUUAAAAUGAAAGAAUAUUCGGAGCUAUACAAUCGAUACCUUAAUCUACAACAGCAGCUUAAAAGCAGUUCGCCCUACAGCUCAAUGAAGGAAAUGGUGCAAUCACCAGAAGCACCACCUCGAGCUAGUCCCAGUCCUGCUAUCAGUUUGGCAACUCCAGAAAAUGUUGCUUCAACGAGUUCAGUGGCUAGCGAUAGUGGUUAUGUAACGCCAAUGCCCAAGAAGUCUUCCUUUCUAGAGCGACUAACGUCAAAAAUUAGAACUCCUACUCUUGAACUCAGUAGAGCGGGAUCUUCCACCCCAUUAAGAACCCCAACUAGUCUUGAUCAGCCUUCCCCUAAUACCCCAGUCAGCACCCCCCUAAAAGCUCAAGCUCUACCAGCCCCACUUGAUUUUCUACCCACUCCUCCUUCAAGUAAAGAAAAACCCUUAAAAUGGAUUAGCUAUCAAGAUUCAGACACUUAUCGUGCCAAAAUCUCAAAACCUCCACGACGUUCAGAACGAUUGAGAGCGAUCGCAAAGUCAAUACCCAAAUGGGAAAAAUACUAAGCUGUAAACUGUAAACCAAUUAAUAAUAAUGCAAAUCAAGAGAGUU